UUGUAUUCAAAGGAUUAUCGAUACAUUAAAAAAUCGAUUGGCAAUAUAGGCACAAGUCUCCAAAUCGCUCAUCCCUGAAAUUCGCAAUUUACAAUUUUAUAAAUUUUUGUUUAGUUUUGUAAUUAAAUAAAUAAUGCGUGACCGCGAACGCCGCGACAGAGAUAGGGACAGGGAGAGGGACAGAGACAGGGAGCGAGAUAGGGACAGAGACAGAGAUCGGGACCGCGACAGACGCCACCGCUCCAAGUCGCCCGCCAGGAGCAGCCGGCAAAGCUCCAAAUCGAAGAAGAAAAAGUCAAAGAAAUCGAAAAAGUACUCGAGGAGGAGUCGCAGUAGCAGCCGCAGUUCCUCGCGUAGUUCGACGCCUAGCAGCCGGAGCAGUUCCCGCAGCCGGCACAGCAAGAGCAGGAGUCGUGACCAUAACAAAUCUCGUUCCGCAUCCCAGAAGAAAACAAGGGCUCCCAGUUCCGAGAGCAACUCGAGAUCGGCGCCCACACCUGUCAGCCAGCCAGCUAAGGCAAUCGAUCUGCUAGAUGCCAAGGUGCAAAAGGCUCUGGAGACCAUAGACGAGGAUUGCUUUAAGCCGACUUCCUUCUUCAGCUCACGGGAUCGUGAGGCCUCGGAGAAGGUAAUCAUCGACCUGAACAGCGAGACGGUCACAGUGCCCAACAAGCCGACACUCUCUGUCCAGAACGAAGAUGUAAUAUUCCAUCCGAACUUCCUUGGCGACCCGGAUCUCAAGGCUGAAAAGUGGUUGCGCAAGCUCUACAACUACCGCCAGAAGUACAUGCAAGAGUAGUCGAGUUUAGACUCUGUAUUUUAGAAACAAUAAACCUACAACGCUUAGAAUAUAU